AUGUCUGACGUGGAGAUAAGGUUCGCCGAUCUGCAGUCCAGAUACACGGAGCUGCUCGAGAAACGGAUUGCUCAACUCGAAGCCGCGAUUGCUGCUCCAGUGAUCAUUCCUACGCCUGUAGCUGCAGCUGCUAACGGCGUCGAGAAGGAGGACGACAAUGACAGCUGUGAUGACGAGAAAACGAAGAAAGACAAAGCCGAUGAACAGAAGAAAGACGAAGAUAAAGGCCCAAAAUCUAGGUACCGAAGCGUAGUCCGAAAAUGGAACAAAGAGGACGGAGCAUACGUCGAUGUUGAUGUCAGCCUUGAUGGAAAGAAGGCGGAGGAUGGAGAAAUUGCAUUCACAUUCAGGAAGAAGGUCGUAAAUUUCGACCAAGGCGACAUCCGCGAUGCGAACAGUGAAGUUGAUCUUGAGGCAGAAGGGCUUCGAAACUUGGUCAAAGAAGUCAUUGGCACAGAAUACCCCGGGCAAAAUCUUGAGGGCGAGACUGUUAAUAUCCUUGCUCCUUAUGCCCCUCUGGUGCACAACUGGGAAGGGCUAAAGAAGGCUGCCAAGCCUGUUGAAGGAGAAGAAGGCGAGAAGAAGCAAGCCCGUGCAGAUCUCGUGAGGCUACUCGAAUGCGUCGAAGCCGCCCCAGAGCUUGAAAACUACUUCAAGACCCGAGAGUCGAACAUUAAGGCCAAUAUCACAACAUAUGAUACGAUGUGGUCGAUUUUCAAGCCUAGGACCAAAGUCGUUGCCAAGCUGUUCCAAAACGCCUUCCAAAUUUUUGAGGUAGCUCUUGCACCAAUUCCGAGGUUCAAUCGUGUGCCAAGGAGGCGUUCUGUCUCCGUUUGGUGCUGGGAUUGGAAAGGGAAGGGGAUGACAAAGGUGUUUUACGAUAUUAACAUUGAUCGGUACUGGGGGACGAAAGAUAUCAGUCAGCUUCCUUGCUACCCACUUGAAUAUUACAUGGAUGGAUCAGAGAAAGAGAUCGAAAUUCUUUGCAAGUCGCUUCAAGAUCGAGGAGCGAAGUACAACAAGAUUGUUCGAUCCCCGUCCGGCGCAAGUCAGAUGUACAUUUAUAAUGGCCCUGCGUUGUCAGAGCGAAGGAGUGUUGUAAGGAAGGACAGCAAAGAUCAGGAAAAUGAUAACACCAACAAUGAUGAAGAGGAACCGAAGACAGGGGACAAGCGCAAAACAGUCAUGGUCAAAGGGCCGGUGAUAGUCGACCCAGAAGCCUUCUUGCAAUUUGGUGCUGACUAUCUCAUCCUUGGCGAAUCUGAACCAUGGUUUACUGGAGACUGGUUUGGCGACCAGGCCGAUGAAGAAAAGGACCAUGAACCAGGUCCAGAGGAGUUUCUAUUGUAUCCACCUCGAAUACUUGGGUACUCGACUAGGGAGAAGAUAUGGGGUCAAUUCAGCGUGGACAAGACGACCGAUGUACCGGAUCCGAGCAUGUCCUUGUUCAAGGAGAAGCUCCAGUUGGAUGAAGAUUACAAGAUUAUGAUUCAGGCAUUGGUAGAAGAACAUGGCGCGAGAGGAGGACAGAAUGAUAGGUUGAAGGUUAAGGAUGUUGUGGAGGAUAAAGGGAAAGGUCUUGUUUUGCUACUGCAUGGUCCUCCUGGCGUAGGGAAGACUCUCACUGCAGAAACUAUCGCAGAAGCGACAGGCAAGCCACUCUUCAUCGUCAGCGUCGCCGAAAUCGGUCUCGACGCCUCAAAAGCCGAGCGAAACCUCGAGCAAAUGUUUUACCUAGCUGGAAAAUGGGAAGCUGUUCUCCUCGUUGAUGAAGCAGACGUCUUCCUCGAAUCACGGACGAGUGAGUCAGAGCCAAACAGGAAUGCGCUUGUGUCAGUCUUACUACGAGUCCUCGAAUACUACGACGGUAUCAUAAUCUUAACUACCAAUCGCAUAACCUCCCUCGACAUCGCUGUUCAAUCCCGCAUCCAUUUAGCAAUCCGCUACGAAGACCUGGAUCAGAAGCAAAAGCAGAACGUAUUCCGCAUGUUUUUGCGGCAGCUGGAGGAGAAUGAGCCCAAAUCCAUUAAAGAUUACAACAAAGUGUUGGAUUUCGUGGACGAAUACGCUUCGAGGGAUAAACUCAAUGGGAGACAAAUUCGGAAUGUUGUUGCGAGUGCGCUAAGUCUAGCAAGGAGUAAAGCAAAGCGGGAGAAUGGAGAUGCUAGGAUGACGGUUGAUCAUCUGAAGAAGGUGCUUUAUAUUACGAAAGACUUUCAGGAGCAGUUGGAGAGUAUCACGACGGAUGCGAGGAGGCAUAAUGAAGUUAGGGGGUCACGGAGAUAGGGGAGGGAGGGAAGGUCGGUAUUGGCCACGGAGCAGUAUGAUGAGUAAGGCUGAACGUCAAAUAGAAUUCGGUCCUCCAGCAUGCUUCAUGUUCGUUCCUUUGUGUGGU